ACGUAGCCGGCUACGUCACACAAAGCGAACAUGGCGCCUCUCCUGCCCGGGCUCACCUGUCACCGCGGAGGAUGAGAAUAACCCGGAGAUAAGAGGUUGAGAACAGCGGCCGGACACAGCGCCUCUCCGCCGGCCUGAGGGCUCCGUGUCCCGGCAUGACGCUCCGGAGGAUCCCGCUGUCUGUUCACCGGGGAGGAGGAGUCGAAGCCGGGGUCGUUUCUGUCGAGCGGCGCUGACAGAAGAUCCGGAGAGCAGUUUUGUGUCGUUGAUGACGGAGUGAAAUGGAAAAGGCAGAAGAUGUGUCCUCCUCACCUGUGACUGUAAACAAUGAGUCUCACCUGUGCCUUCAUCGUCAUCAUCCCCUGAACUCUGAUGAUGUCAUCAGCCAGCAGCGUCCGCAGGUCACGUGUUCAGGAGACGGCGAGGAGGCUGGAGCGUCCGUCGCUUUGUCACAGUGUGUGGAUGUCGUCUGCUCCAGGGCGGACAAAGACACUCAAGGACCAAUCGGAGGCUGCUGUGAUGUCAGAGAGGCAGGUGAUGAGCAGGGGGCGGGGCUUAGUCUGAGUGGUGAUGUCACCCAAACAGACGGGAUUAGUCCAAACGUGGUCACUACCUGUUCGUCCUGCACAGACGGGUUCAACGAUAACAGCUGUCACAGACUGGAUGGUGAUGGUACCUGUGGGGACGGGGCUACAGGAGGCACACACCUCCACCUGGAUGAGCCCUCCUCGCCUGUACCUCCACCCAAAGCGGCAGACUCCGACCCUGACCCUGAUCUGGAAGAUGGCAGCUCCGAUGACGAGGCCUUCAUCACGGAUCGGACGCCGCCCCCGCCAGGUGAACCGAGCCUCCCCGCAGCCUCGGUUGUCGCUCGCUCCAGGAACACGUUCGAGUGCGUCCGCAGACAGAGCGCCCCGAGCGAGCUGGUUCAGGACGACGGAGGGUCAGAGUCUGAGCUGCAGUCGAGGAGGCCGGGCAUCGUCGAGUACUUCAGCAGCAGGAAGCAGCGGUCCGUCAGUCACAGCGUUGCGGGCUGGAAGCUGUUCGGUAAAGUUCCUCCCAAACAGAGUCCGUCCAAACAGCCUAAGAUCAUCCAGCAGCAGAGCGCUGAGGUCAGUCUGAACUCGCUCUCCUCUUCAGACCUGCAGGACUCAGGGGAGUUCGAGGCACGGCAGGUUUCCGCCCGCAGCUCUCCUACCCAUCAUGCAUCGGGGCAGCAGAGCCGCAGGAAGGUGGAGUUCGAGCCGCUGUCCACCACGGCGCUGAUCCUCGAGGACCGACCGCCGAACCUUCCGGCAAAGUCGGCGGAGGAGGCGCAGAGACACAAGGAGCAGUACGAGCAGAUGGUGGCCGGAGCCAAGAGGAGAGAGCUGAAGGAGGCGCAGAGGAGGGAGCAGCAGAGGAGAGAGCGACUGAGACAGGAGGAGGAGAUCUCCAACAACACACUGAUCUGGAACCACGAGAUCCUGCCGCACUGGGACACCAUGAAGUCGAGUCGUCGGACUCGGGACCUGUGGUGGGGGGGUUUACCCCCCAGUGUCAGAGGACGAGUGUGGAGCGUCGCCAUCGGUAACGAGCUCAACAUCACUGCAGAGCUGUAUGAGAUCUUCCUGUGCCGAGCGAAGGAGAGGUGGAGGAGCGUCAGUCAGAGCGGUGACGAGGCGGCGCCGGCUGACAUCGAGUCCAGUCUGGAGCUGAUCACACGGGACAUCGCCAGAACAUUCCCCUCGCUCUGCGUCUUCCAGAAGGGUGGUCCGUACCAUGAUCUGCUGCAAAGCAUUCUGGGAGCUUACACCUGUUACAGACCUGAUGUGGGAUAUGUGCAGGGGAUGUCCUCUAUGGCGGCCAUGUUGGUGCUGAACAUGGACGAGGUGGAGGCCUUCAUCAGUUACUCGAACCUGAUCAACAGACCCUGUCAGCUCGCCUUCUUCAGAGUGGACCACCAACAGAUGUUGAGGUAUUUCAGGUGUUUCCAGGUUUUCUUUGAGGAUUCUCUUCCUCGACUCUUUCUUCACUUCCAGUCUUCAGGCGUGACCUCUGACCUCUACCUCAUGGACUGGAUCCUGUCUCUCUACCUUAAGCCCCUCCCCCUGGACGUGGCGUGCAGAGUGUGGGACGUUUUCUUCCGUGACGGGGAAGAGUUCCUGUUCAGGACGGCUCUGGGGAUCCUGAGGAUGCAUCAGGACGAACUUCUGCACCUGGACCUGAUCAGCAUCGCCCAGUUCCUGUCCCGCCUCCCUGAUGAAGAGCAGCUCUCUGACAGGCUGUUCUCCUGCAUCCCGGCCACGCCCAUGCUGAGCGGGAACAGGAAGUGGAGCCAGGUUCUGACUUCAUGCAGCUGAUCGACGACACGGCGUGUUUUUAAAAGUUCCCGUUCUGGACGUGACGGAGUUAAACGACUCACAACAACACAGAGAAACAUCUGAUGUCGGAUUAUUCACUGUUUUUAUAUCCACCUGAUGACAUCACACACUAACCUGAUGACAUCACACACUGACCUGAUGACAUCACACAUUGACCUUAUGACAUCACACACUGACCUGAUGACAUCACACACUGACCUGAUGACAUCACACAUUGACCUGAUGACAUCACACACUGACCUGAUGACAUCACACAUUGACCUGAUGACAUCACACACUGACCUUAUGACAUCACACACUGACCUGAUGACAUCACACACUGACCUGACAUCACACAUUGACCUGAUGACAUCACACACUGACCUGAUGACAUCACACAUUGACCUUUGUUGUUUCUGUCCUAACCUUCACUCUACCAGAAGGGCCUUACUGUAUUUCAAAAUAAAAGCACACAUCAAGUAAAGUUCUCUGACAGUACAAACAUUCAAAAUAAAAGUCUGAAAAUUUUUACUUUUAAAUGCGAAAUAAUGGAAUUUUAAACAUGUGAUUGGUCACAGCCCUAAUUUAUUUAUUACAACGUUUUUAAUGAUUGUAACAUUAACAGAGUUCAGCUCCCAUAGAGCUCUAUGAGAACACUGACUGAACUCCACAGGAUGUCUUUUUAAUUUAUUAUUAUUAUUAUUUAUGCAGAUGAAACAAACACCACAGGUUGUUUAUUGUGUCACUUUUUACACAAGAGUUGUUUCUUUUGAAUUUCUAAUGAAAUGAUUUUCAAAAUAAGAUCAUGCACAUUUUUUCAGUUAUAUUAUUCUUGUACAGUUUUAAUUAUGACUCACAAACCAGCCGGCUUUUAAAUUAUAUCUGAUGUGUAUCCACGCUGUGUAAUCUUUUACUGUAUUUAUUAAAUAAUAAUAAUAAAAACUUUUCAGUCA